GUAAUGCAGAGCCGUCCGUUAUCAAACGGCAUCGCGUGACAGCUGGUGUAAAAUAGUGUUGCUAGCGAAGCAGGGCGGUUAGCAUGAUAGCUACGCAGCAUCUAUUCCUAACGACCAGCUCUACCCGAACCGGUUGUGACUAAAGGAGACGAGAUGCCUCCUAAAGCCAAGGUGGCAGGGAAAGGCAGAGCCCCGGCGAAGAGGAAGCUGGCAGAGGAGUUUCCACCUGGAGAGAUCCUGACGGACACUGGGAAGAAAGCCUGGAAGUUGGGGGUUCCCAUCGGCCAGGGGGGGUUCGGCCUCAUAUAUCUGGCUGAGGAGAAUUCUGCAAAACCUGUGGGUCCAGAUGCUCGCUAUGUCAUCAAAGUGGAGCCCAGUGAGAAUGGACCACUGUUUUGUGAGCUUGCAUUUUACAUGAGAGCUGCGAAGCCUGAUCUCAUUCAGAGCUGGAUGAAGUCUCACAAGAUGAAGGUCCUGGGUGUUCCCAGAUACUGGGGCUCAGGUCUGCAUGAGAGAGGAGGGAAAAAGUACCGGUUCAUGGUUAUUGAUCGGCUUGGCACAGACCUGCAAAAGAAGUUUGAAACAUGUGGAAAGAGAUUCCCCAGGAAACUGGUCCUGCAGCUCGGUCUUCGACUGCUGGAUAUUCUCGAGUACAUCCACGACCAUGAGUACGUACAUGCUGACAUUAAGGCAUCUAACCUCAUGCUGAGCAACAGUGAUCCAAACCAGGUCUACUUAGUAGAUUAUGGCCUGGCGUACAGGUACGCACCCGACGGUGUCCUAAAAGAGUAUAAGGAAGAUCCGAAGAGAUGUCACAAUGGUACCAUUGAAUUCACAAGCAUCGAUGCCCACAAAGGAGCAUAUGCAUGUAGGCGGAGCGAUUUGGAGAUCCUGAGCUACUGCAUGGUCCAAUGGCUGUGUGGGCGGCUGCCCUGGGAGGACAACCUGCAGGAUCCCUCAUAUGUCAGAGACUCCAAAAUCAGGAGUCGAGAAAACAUCUCUGAGUUUAUGAACAAGUGUUUCUCCUCUCAAGACAAGCCAGAUGAGAUCAAGAGGUUCAUGGAAGAAGUUAAAUCUAUGGGGUACCAAGACAAACCUCCAUACGAGAAGUUGCGCUCCAUUCUCCAGGCGGGACUGAAGACCAUCCAGGCUAAAGACGACAACAAGCUGGAGUUCACACCUGUCAGUGGAGCAGCUGCAUCUCCUGCCAAGAAAGCAACCAAGAGAAAGAAACCAGCAACAGUAGAAGUGGACGAGAGUGAGACUGAUGCAAGUCCCGCCAAGACAAAGAAAAAAGUAAUGAAUGGAGCGAAGAAAAGCCCCAAAAAGACCACUAGAACCAAGAAAGUCCCCAGCACAAGAAAAAAGGCUGAACCUAAAGCAGAACUGGAGGAGAUGGAAACACCGAUGCAACCUAUACCCACCCAGAAAUCCAGAGGCAGAAAGAAGAUAACCAACAUGUAAACAGUCACCUCCUUCUACAUUCGUAAAAAAAUGUUCUUUAAGUUUUAUAUGAUUUGAUUAUGUUUAUUUGUAAUAAAGAGGAAAUUAAGUGGAUACCUUCUUGUUUGUAAUUGAAGACUUUGAACUUUUUUGAGUGAGCCCAUAGCUCCAUUAGUGAUUUGUUGUCUUUAUGCAAUAAACGGCUUCUACUGAGUCCA